AUGCUUGUGCUCAAAAUAUUAUGGCUCCCAAUUUCAGCGUGUACUAUUAUUAUUGAGCCUACGCGAGGAUUGAUCCUAACAAAUACACUGCGGAUAUUUGAGCUGGGAAAGACCUACACUUUAACUUAUGCCCCAGCAGACGAUCAGAAGACCUCAAUUGCAUUAAUUGACCCAGAAUCGGGCGGCCGGACAAUAUUGACUUCCAAUGCUACUGGGGGACAGUUUGCAUGGCAUGUGAAUGAACUGCUAACUCCUGGAGAUGGUUAUCAUAUCGGCCUUCGUCAAGGGGAAGAAAUUUCGGCAGGUGUCCUAUUCGGCGUCACAAUAGUGCCAACCGGGUCAAUCGAUGAUUCCGCGAUGUUCACACAAACGAUAUCGCCCCAAACAGCAGGCGGGUCCUCUGGUUCCCUCACGACAUCCACGGCGGUCAACGCCAAUUUGAAUAGUCCUUCAUUGAUGCCAACUACCUUGUUCACAAGAGAAACACCGGCAAUGGUGCUCACUAGCGCUCAGCCUUCACAAUCGUGGCUAAACAGCCCUUCUUCCCCAACGACAUCUCAGAGCAAUUCUCUAAGCGUCAACUCGGCCCUAAGCACGAAAGUUAAAGUAGGCGUUGCUAUUGGCGCAGUCUCCGGGGCGCUAAUUUUGGCAACCAUUGCUUUCUUCUUCGGAAUGAAAUUCAAACAGGUGUCUACUACAAUGAAAAAGAUCUCACGGCUGUAUGAACCCAAGCCUGAACUAGAUGGGAAGCCCAUCAAUGAACCAGUUGAACUCCCAGCAGAUGGACCCGGUUCAUCAAACGAACCUCAAGAACUUCCAGUUGUGGAAUCACCAGCGGAGAUAGGCCGUCAAAGCGCAUACACGAACAGCACCAUCAUCGAGGCUCUAGGUCUAAUUGACUCAAUCUUUGGAAACAGAGCCUUGGAUUUAGAAAGCCCUUCCGCACGAGACACAGGUCACAAAGCCUCAUAUUCGCAAACGGCUUUGGCUCCUCUCAGCCCCAUUUCGCCUCUCUAG